AUGACAAAUAAUAACAAACAAUUAAAUAGGAGUUAUCAAUAUCCAAAAGAGGAUAAAGAAAUAUUAGCCAAAAUGAGGCAUCCUGAUUAUGAGGGAAAUUAUUUAUUGCCCGAUAAUGCUUCUUUUUUAGACAAAACUAAAUAUCAGAUUUGUGAAAGAAUAUUAAAUCAUAAAUACGAUAAUAAACUAACUACUGAAGAAUUAGCCGAACGAAUUAAUUUAAGUGUUCCUGAAACCAAAGAACUACUUUUUUGUCAUAUUCAUAAAUUUACUUUAGAUCGCUUAGAUCGCUUAAAUUUUUACUUAACUUGCUUAUUUCCUGAUGUAGAACAUGAAAUUUUCAGAGAGUAUCAAACAAUACCUCAUCUUCCUUAUUUAUAUCUAAUAUCAGUUGUAAGGCAGGAUAGAUCUCAAUUAUAG